UAAAAUGAAUGUUGUAAUAUAUUUUACAAUAUUUAUUUUAAAUAAAAUAUUGAAGUAGUUACGUAUUGUUAGAUGGCGCUGAAACACACCUGUUCACAUGGUUUACAAAACACGUGGAUUUUGGUUUUUACUUGAACAAUAUGUUCGUUGUAGUUUCUGAGUGAACAAGACAAUAAAUAUGAGUGAAUUAGACAAAUACCAUAACGUAAAGAGAGAAAAAGACGAAGAAAACGCGAGUAAAUUAAUAGUGAAAGUGAAAGCAGGAUCUGAUCGUAUUAAAUGUAAAUCCGUUUUUUGUUCUUUCAAAUCUAAAUAUCUUUUUGUUCCAUAUGGAUGUAAUGUUAAAGUAUUUUGCACAGCCACAGGAGAAUGUUUGAGAGAUUUAGUUGGACAUCAAACUGCUGUUGUCUCCAUUCAGCAUAAUCCAGAAGUGUUGUUUCAGAUUUUUACGUGUUCUGAAGAUGGAGAAGUUUUUUUAUGGGAAUAUGAAGAUGGCUUAAUAUUAAAGACAUACAACUUAAAUUUCCAAAAUCCAAUCAAAGCAUUUUAUAUUCCACAUAAAGAAUUUUCUUGGUAUGUGAUUGUGAAGAAAAACAAUGAAGAUUUUUAUAGGUUGUUUCAUGUUCCAGUUAAUGCUGGAAAUGUAAAACAAAAAAGAUUUCUUUUAAAACCUGUGCUUCCCAAACAGAACUGUGUCUCAUUUGGAUCUAAAGAAGAAUAUGUAGCUUCUGUAAAUGAUAAUAGUUUGAGAGUUCUGCAUAUCUCCAGUAAUUCUUUUAAAAGGCAUAUAACUGGAAUAAGAAAAUUAACCUGUGUGGCAUGUCAUCCUUCUGAAAUAAUUCUAGCAACUGGAGAUGAUUCAGGACAGAUUCUAAUAUGGAAUGAUUUUUUGAAGUCAAAUCAACCAAGCAGAUCUGUAUAUCAUUGGCAUACAUUACCAGUAGAAGAUUUGGUUUUUUCCUUUGAAGGAAGUCAUUUAUACUCUGGAGGUGGGGAGUGUGUUCUAGUAAAAUGGAAAAUUGGAACAGAUGUUCAGCAUUUUCUUCCUCGUAUGGGAUAUCCUAUAAAAUAUAUCACUGUUUCUGCUCAUAAUGCAUAUAUAGCUUCUUCACAUAUUGAUAAUGGAAUUAAUCUAAUCAAUAAUCAAAACAAAAUAGAACAAAUAUUCCAGGGUCUUACCCAGAACUGUAUGUUUGGCUUGAAUGAAUAUUCAGCAUUAAAUAUUUUAUUAUAUGAUCCAAAGAAUCAUGCUCUAGUCUUAAAAGGAAAACCAGGAUGUCUUCAGUUUUACAAUCCAGAUGAGGAUCGUCAUUUAUUCAGUAUUAAUGUUACUGGUGAGAAUUACAUAUCUAAAGACAGAGAUGCAGAUGUUAUAAAUACAAUUAUUGAUACAGUAGAUAUUGAUAGUGAUGGAAUGUGGUUAGCUACUGCUGAACAUUGGGAUGACACAGAAUUAAGUCCACAUAUUAGAUUAAAAUUCUGGAAAUUCAUCGAAGAAUCUCAAAAAUAUCAACUUAACACUAAUAUAUUUCUUCCACAUAAGAAAAGAGUAAAAUCAAUAAAGUUUCGACCUAAGACUGAAUUUCCAACUCCUUUGGCAGUGACAAUUAGUGAGGAUAACUUUUUUAAGUUAUGGUCUGUUUUCACAGAUGAAGAUGAUGAUGAGGACAAAGAAACGUGGAACUGUUUUUAUGAAGAUGAUUAUGCUAACCUGGUUCCCACCUGUGCCGAAUUUUCAGAGGAUGGUUCAAUGUUGGCUGUGGCUUUUGAGUACAUAAUUACCCUCUGGGAUUCAGAAACAAAUAAGCAUCUGAAAAAUCUUUAUAUGUUGGGUGAAGAUAGAACUAUUCGUGAGAUGGCAUUUGGUAGAGAUACAUGUAGUCACCUGUUGGUAUGUGUAUCUAAAGAAUGUAUAGAAGUAUGGAACUUGUUAACUUUAAAAGUAACUUUGGAAAUUCGGAUACAAGCUUUCUGUUUGACAACUGAUCCAGAAUCUAGUAUAAUGACUGUUUUUGACAAAAAUAAAAAAUUGUUUGUCUUUACGCCAGACAAUCCAAAGCCAAUAUACACCCAUAAAAAUGCAUAUACUGAAACAGUUACCAAUUCAACAUUUUUUCCCCGGAAAACUGAACAGGAGGAAGGAUGGCAGAAAUAUUCUCAGUUGUAUUAUAUGAAUGAAAAACAAGAGUUGAUCAUGCUAGCUGAGGAAACUGAAUCUAAACAAAACUUGCCGAUAUGGAAUUCUGAACAGUUCUAUUAUCAACCCAACACUCCAUUUGCAAGAUUGAUGGCAGAGCAUCAGGCACAUGGACCAGUGCAACACAAAAUGCCUAAUUUUAACCAGGAUGGCACUUUGGGAGUAGAUGUACUAACUAUGAUUAAAAAUACUCCUACAUAUCUCUUGCCACCUUUAAGCACAUUUGCUGAGGAAUAUCUCUCAUCAACACUUAUUCCAUUAAAACGGGAUGAAGCUAAUACUAAAGAUGAGUCAGAACCAGACAUGGAUCGUGAUGCUGAAUUACAGGAUUCUAAGGAAAAUAAUUGCAUGGAAAUAGAUAAUGUUUCACAGCAGAUUGAUUUAAAAGCUAUUUUAGAAGAAAAUUAUGACUGGUUGGAUGUUUGAGAUUGUGACUAAGGUUUUUAAUUGUAAAAAAUCAAUGGCAUUUUGUACAAAUUGAAUUGUUUCAUAAUCAUCUCAUUAAAUUAUUCACAUUUCACAUUAAAA